AUGUGGCAGUCGAUUGGCACUGGCCCUUGGCUGGUUGGGAUUCUCACAAAUCCCAGUUACACAGGGGCUCUUCUCUUCAAUAUCGCCGCUUUUAUCCUCCCAGCACUCUACGCAACCCUGUCCAAGCUAUGGGUCGCAAAGCUCGAUGCCUCGAGGGUCGUGACGACUGAUGUCUACACAUACAUAGGCGUGGUGGCUGAGGUCAUCAAUGAAGGCCUGCCUCGCGCAGCCUGGGUAAUCAUUGGAGAUCGAGCAUCACGCUCUCUCGCGUCAAGGCUUGAACUGGCCCACACGCUCAUCAUCUUCCAAGCUAUUCUUGGCUUGAUCAUGAGUAUCAUUUUUGCAUCGGCGGCCAACCAGUUUGCUGCGGCAUUCGUACCAGUCCCUGUCCGCGAUGCCAGUGUAUCGUAUGUUCGAAUCAGUAGCUUCUCUGCUCUGAGCUCAGCUAUCGAAGUUGCGGUUUCGAAUGCCACACGAGCGCUGGAUAAGCCAGACGUGCCUCUGGUCAUUAGCUCUACUAAAUUUGUGGUAAACAUCAUUCUCGACUUUCUCAUUAUCUCCAAAUACCAUGUUGGGAGCCAUCGGCCUACAGUCAACCUGCAGGCCGGUAUCCGUCUAGCUUGCGACAUGGCUUCUGCAAUUUUAGGCGUUAUUUAUUUUAUAUGGUUCACUCAAACGCAGCAGGGCGACAAAGUCUGGUCGAGGGUUCGGAUGCAGUCGAGCCUUCGGGCGCUGACCGUUCUCCUCCGGCCAGGUAUCAUCACGUUUUUCGAAUCAGCAGUUCGGAAUACAUUAUAUCUCUGGCUUGUAAGCGGAAUCGUCGCAAUGGGAGCCGAUUACGCGACCGCAUGGGGCGUGUUUAAUACCAUUCGCUGGGGGCUCGUCAUGGUACCUGUACAAGCAUUAGAGGCAACCUCACUCACUUUCAUCGGCCACGCAUGGGGGAAAUGGAGGCGGAGGAUCGGACUCGACAUUCGUAAAGCCAAAUUCUUGCGGGAUGAUCUGUUUACCAUUGCGCGGCCGGCCCUGGUAUCCGCAGCUCUUGCUCUUGCAGUGGAGAUUCCGCUUUGCUUACUCCUCGGGUUCUUCGGCUGCCGGCCAUUUGCCUACUACCUGAGCGGAUCUCGAGCUGUCUCAGAGAUAACCGCGCAUAUGUGGCGAACAAUUGACUGGUGCUAUCUGUUCUAUGCAGUUUCGACACAGCUAGCUGCGAUCCUCCUUGCAACCCGACCACGUUGGUACCUGCUUCAAUCCCUGAUCUCGAACAUCUUUUACGUUCUUCCCUGGGCGAUUGUCUGUCAGGCAGCGAAUUUGAAUGCAAAGGACGCAUGGACAUAUCACAGUCUCGUGUUUGGAGGGAGCCUGGUCUUUUCGUUCUUCACCGUUCUGGUUGUCGAUGGUCUUUGGGCGUGGAUUCUGCUCACCGGGCGAGCGUAUCUGGAAGCGUUCCACGAUGCAGAGCAAAACCAGGAUCAACAAGCCGUUGAGCCCUUCAUGUAG